AUGGGCAGUCCUUGUGCUGGUGGGAAGGCCGCUAUACUUGGAAUUGGCAAAGCUGUUCCAGUCCAUGUGUAUGAGCAGAAGACAUUUCCUGAGUAUUAUUUCGAGAUAACCAAUAGCAAUCACCUGGUCGAUCUAAAAGCCAAGUUUGAAAAAAUCUGCGAGAAGACGGCAACGGAGAAGCGGCACAUGUACGUAUCCGACGAGUGGCUGCGGAGCAACCCGUCGGUGACGGCGUACAUGUCCACCUCGCUCACCCUGCGGCAGCAAGUCGCCGAGGAGGGCAUACCACGUCUCGGCGCGGAGGCUGCGCUCGACGCCAUCAAGGACUGGGGGAAGCCGGCCUCCGACAUCACCCACCUCGUGGUCGCGACAACGAGCACCGGUUGCCUGCCCGGCGCCGACUGCGUCCUCAUCAAGCUCCUCGGCCUCCCGCCGUCGACCAAGCGCGUGACGCUGUACCAGGCCGGCUGCUACGGCGGCACCACCGCUCUGCGCGUCUCCAAGGACAUCGCGGAGAGCAACCCGGGCGCCAGGGUACUGGUGGUGACCUCCGAGGUGAUGUCCCUGGUGCUGCGAGGCCCCUCGGAGUCCCACAUCGGGAACCUCGUCGGCCAGGCCGUCUUCGGCGACGCCGCAGGCGCCGUCGUCGUGGGGUGCUGCCUGGCGGCCGGCGAGCGCGCCGUGUUCGAGCUGGUGGCGGCGUCCCAGGACGUGUUGCCCGACACCGAAGACGCCGUGGUGGUCAAGCUUCGCGACGAAGGGGUCGUGAUCACCAUGCACCGCGACGUGCCCCUGCACGUGUCUAGCCACGUCGGGAGCACCGUGAAGCGCGCGUUCCUGCAGGGGAACGCCGCCACGGCGUCCAUGGCCGACUGGAACGAGGCGUUCUGGAUGCUGCACACGGGCGGCAGGGGUAUCGUGGACGGCGUGGAGGCCAGGCUUGGCCUGCGGGAGGAGAAGCUCGCUGCAACAAGGGAGGUGAUGAGGCAGUACGGGAACACCCGAAGCUCCUCCAUCUUCCUGGUGAUGGAUGAGAUGCGGACAAGGUCGGCGGAGCACGGGCUGAGCACGGCAGGGGAAGGCCUGGAGUGGGGGAUGGUCAUUGCGUUCGGUCCUGGCCUUACCUUGGAGACCAUGCUGCUCCGGGCGCUACCUGCAACUGCAUGCCUCUAG